UUACCCACAAAGCACUGCGCGCGGAUGGCGGAGUGAUAGGAGUCGCAGCUGUGUCCAUUAACCGUUAACCGGCGGAACCGACAGCUGACGGCGGCGACAUGGAGCCGUUCCUGUCCCGGUGUCGCGCGGAGCUUCAGGUGAAUGAAGGAAGGUUUCAUGUUGUUCUUGGGAACGAGGCCUGUGAUCUGGAUUCCAUGGUGUCCGCUCUGGCCUAUGCGUACUUCCUGUCCAAGACGGUGCACGGCGGCGCGCUCGCUCUCCCGCUGUUGAAUGUGCGUCAGUUGGACUUCGUGCUGCGUUCAGAUAAUGUCUUCUUGCUCCGGAAGGCUGGGAUGUCUCCGGACCAGCUUCUGUUCAGAGACCAGAUCGACCUGCAGGCGCUGCAGAGCGCUGGCCGCCUUCAACUAACGCUGGUCGACCACAACGUCCUUCCCAGUUCAGACAACAACCUGGAGGAGGCAGUAGUGGAGGUAAUCGACCAUCACCAACUGGAGAGAAAGCCCUCAGCCUCCUGCCCUGUUACCGUGGAGAUGGUAGGAUCCUGCACCACCUUGGUGACAGAGCGCAUCUUGCAGAUGGCUCCAGAAAUCCUGGACCAGCAGCUGGCUCAGCUUCUCUAUGCGACCAUCCUGGUGGACUGUAUCAACAUGGCUCCUGCUGCGGGGAAGGCCACACCCAAAGACAUUCAUUACGCCGCUGUGCUUGAGGAACGUUUCCCAAAGCUUCCACCACACGAUGUUCUGUUCAGCGACCUGCAAGGUGCCAAGUUUGAUGUCUCAGGUCUGAAUACAGAGCAGAUGUUGCGGAAGGACAUGAAGACGGUUUCAGGCAGUUUGAAUGUCGCUGUUUCUGUGAUCUACAUCACUCUUGAGGAGUUCCUGCAGAAGGCGGACCUGGAGGUGGAGCUUUCACAGUUCUGUAUGCGGUUCAGUUUCGAUCUUGUGCUGCUCAUGUCUAUCAGGUUCAACGCCAAGAACGAACCGUGUCGACAUCUCGCUGUCUUCAGUCACAGCGCCACCUGCAGGGCUGAGAUGAGCCAGUACUUGGAGCAGGUCCGUAACCCCGCUCUUAACCUUUGUCCAAUCAGCAGCCCCCAUCCUCAAAUCACAGCCUACCUCCAAGGAAACACACACGCUUCUCGUAAGAAACUCCUCCCCAUUGUCAGGGACUUCCUGCAGGAUUGUGAUGGUCACCUGGGAGAAGAGGAGGAGGAGUCUCAGGUGCCCCCGACCCCGAUGAACAGCCUGGUGGAGGGUUGUCCGUUAGAUGCCGGCCCGCCCCGGAUCAGCGCUCAGGCCCUGGAAGAGAAGUUUAACAAGAUGGCUGAUGCCAGAAAGUGAUGC